CUCUCUCUCUCUCUCUCUUUCUCUCUCUCCUCAUAAUUCCACGCCCUAGCAGAUACACAGAUACCAGCAGACACAGUCUGGGUAAUCUCAGAAGACACGCCGUCCUCCUCUCUUUCUACCAGCCGGUGGAUACAGCCACUUUGUGCUCUACGCAAUCAUGUCUGACAAGCCAGACCUCACAGAAAUCGCCAGGUUUGACAAAACCAAGCUGAAGAAGACUGAGACAAAAGAGAAGAACCCUCUGCCCACCAAAGAGACCAUUGAGCAGGAGAGGAAAGGCGAUGCCACCCCUUGACCUAAGAGACAAGGAGAAGACAAGCACAUGACAUGUUCUUCUGACAUGGCAGAUGUUACAAUUCCUAUUUCUGUUUAAAGGGUGCUAUUGUCCCAUGUGAUACAUGGUUACCAUUUCGAUUGGAGUCACUGGGGCCUAUGAAUGGGAGUGUGAUGAAGGGGGAAAACUUGAGACAGGGUUCAUAGAUAUUUUACCAAAUUCUGUUUAUUGCAUUUUUUUAAAGGGUUUCAUCAUGAAAUAAAGAAAAUGAAAUGUAAAACAAAUAAAAUACCAAAUAUGACUCCUCUUCUAA